UUUUCAAACAAUGGAGCUUACACAUGUGGUUCAUAACAUAUUCAGAAAAAUGGGCGUAUUUUCCAUCUCACCAGAAACUCUGACUGUAAAGGUGGUAGGUUCUCCAACAAGGGCAUUGCCCCCUCAAUUCCGGUCACCUAAUGAUCAUGUGAUCUAUGAAAUAGAGCCUGGAGAAGAGUUACUCAUUCCAUGUAUUGUCUUUUUUACUUUCCUGAAUAAUUCUCGCAAUGAGGUUUGGUGGACCAUUGAUGGAAAAAAGCCAGAGGACACCUCUUUUGACGUAAUUGCUAAUGAAAGUGUGAGUAUUAAUCAAAUAGAAGAGGAAACUAGAACUCAGAUUUUAAUCAUCAAGAAAGUUACUACUGAGGAUCUCAAGCGCAACUAUGUUUGUCACGCUAGAAAUUCCAAAGGGGAGGCUGAAAAAACAGCCACGGUGAAACUUAAAGUAACAGGACCAAGAUACACGGUGGAAUUGGCAUGUGGUUUUGGGGCUACAGUCUUGCUGGUAGUGAUUCUUAUUGUUAUUUACCAUGUUUAUUGGCUGGAGAUGGUCCUAUUUUAUCGGGCUCACUUUGGAACAGAUGAAACUAUUUUAGAUGGAAAGGAAUAUGAUAUUUAUGUGUCCUAUGCAAGGAAUGCAGAAGAAGAAGAAUUCGUAUUACUGACACUCCGUGGAGUUUUGGAGAAUGAAUUUGGGUACAAGUUGUGUAUCUUCGACCGAGACAGUCUUCCUGGGGGAAUUGUCACAGAUGAGACCUUGAGCUUCAUUCAGAAAAGCAGACGCCUCCUGGUUGUCCUAAGCCCCAACUACGUGCUCCAGGGAACCCAAGCUCUCCUGGAGCUCAAGGCUGGCCUAGAAAACAUGGCCUCUCGGGGUACCAUCAACGUCAUUUUAGUACAGUACAAAGCUGUGAAGGAAAUGAAGGUGAAAGAGCUGAAGAGGGCUAAGACGGUGCUCACGGUCAUUAAGUGGAAAGGGGAGAAAUCCAAGUACCCACAGGGCAGGUUUUGGAAGCAGCUACAGGUGGCCAUGCCAGUGAAGAAAAGUUCCAGGUGGUCUAGAGGUGGUGAGCAGGGCCUCUCCUAUUCAUCCUUGAAAAAUGUAUGAAAGGGACCAUUGAAGGAGUAAAACAACUAAGGAUACUUCUGGAAGGAAGUGUCUCCCUCUGUUAGUUGGGGACUAAUGGCUUCACAGGGAAAAAAAUCCAGUGAAUUCUCUUCAUAGGGAUCAAUUCAGGGUGAUGACAUCACCAGUUAUUCUGCUUCCUAGGGCAAUACUAAAUGGUUUAGAAGGAUAGUUCCGCAAUUGCCAAUAGUUUCUUAAAUCACUCUC